AGUUGACUCGUGCCGACGGACUUGAACGCUAACGUGGACCUAAUCACUGGCCUUUUACCCAAUCACUGAUUUUUAGCAUGUCUCGAAAAUGCCAAUCAGGACGCGUAAACGCACACCCGACAUCAAACAAAUCCAAAAUAAUGGCCUCUACAUCCACUCGAGUCCCCCCCGAGUGUUGCAAUUAACUUCAGCACACAUUAAACAAUUGAUCCGAAGUGGGGAUGUGGAAAAACUGGAACAAUUGGUGGUGGAUGGACUUGGAAAAAAGCUACUUGGGGAGUAUUCAGCCGAUUACAAGACCAGAACAUUCCUGAAAAACGUCGUCCCGACUCUGAUGACUAAAAUCUCCCUCCUCCACGAUGCCGUCAACAGUGGCCGUCUUGAAGAACUCAAAAGUCUCCUAGAGGAGGAACCGAUUGAGAGGAGGAGGCGUUUGGUGACGGCGAAAGACGACUUCGGGGUCGGCCUCCUCCACAAGGCGAUCUACUACGACCUCAAAAACAUCUACAAGUAUCUAAUCGACAAGUUUCCACAUGUUGUUUCACUCAAAGACUCGGAGGGCCGCACCGCGUUUCAUUACACUCCAAUGUGCAAGGACGCCGCUGGGGUCCAAAAACUCCUCAUUUCAGCAGGAGCUGACUCCUCCUGUGUGGACCUGAAACAACACACUGCCAAGUACUACAUGACCCAUAUUCAGGAAUUGGAAUUGCCCAAUUCCCGGAAAUCGGCGAGUUCUACGAAAUCGGCGCCCCCACAUGAAAGUCUCAACUUCAAAAAAUCCAACAUCCGAAUCUGGAUCCACCAGAGGAAUUUGGUCAACUUGCAGCAGGUGGUAUGGGAGGGCCAUGGGGCGAAACUGCUACCCGAACACAGCAACAACCCCAAAAUCAAGAAGUUUCUAGAAGCGGUACCACACAUCAUGGGUAUAAUCAAAGACAUUCAUUCGGAUGUGAUCAACGAUGAGUUGGAAAAUUUGACCAAAAGACUUGAACCCCCAAUACCAUCCCUGGUGCUUUCGGGGAAAGACUCGAAUGGGUUAACACCCCUCCACAAGGCUUCAGGUUUAGGGAGACAAGAAAUAGCCCAAUUUCUCGUAACCCAAUAUCCCAGUUGUGUCAAUCUGGUAGAUUCCGAAGGUCGUACUCCUCUACAUUACGCAGCUUUGGUGAAAGACAAUGGGCAAAUGAUGGGUUUUCUUCUACAACAUGAGGCCGACGAAUCGGCCUUAGAUAAUAGGCAAAAAACUGCGGCUUAUUACAAAACUCGGGCUUCUGAAUUGGACUCAAAACUGUUAAGUGUCAUUCCGGAGGCUCCACGGACGGCGAAAGAGUCGUUUUUAGGGACUUUUGACUGGGGUCUGCUAUUGGCAGCGACGCCGACUGAAGAAAUACACAAGGUGGUAAAAAAAAUCCAAAACGGAACUGAAAAAGAGGAACCAUCGACUGAAAAAAAACAGGAGGGAGUGGAGACUGAAAAUGACCACAAAGAAAAUGGAAACGAUGCAAAUGACCAUAACGAAGAAGAAGAACACGACACUAAAGAAGAUGAAGAAAUGAAUGACAAUAAAGAGAAUGGUGAAGUAAAUGACAAUAAAGAAGAACAAGAAUACAAAAAUGAAGACGAAGAACUAAAUGACAAUAAAGAGGAAGAAGAAGAAGACAAAAAUGAGGAUGAAGAACUAAACGACAAUAAAGGAGAAGAAGAAGAAAACAAAAAUGAGGAUGAAGAACUAAACGACGAUAAAGGAGAAGAAGAAGAAAACAAAAAUGAGGAUGAAGAAUUAAACGACAAUAAAGAAGACGAAGAAAACAAAAGGGAAGAAACAGAACCAAAUGACAAUAAAGAUGAAGAGCAACCGGAAGAACCCAACAACAACGAGCCUGAAAAAUCCCCGGAAGUUCCUCCGGUCGAACCGGAAGAAGUGAUCGAAGGUGUCGUCAACGGGGAGAACGAAAUCGAGACUUUGAACGAACAAGGCCCAGAUUCGAACUCCGGGGACCCGGAAAUCACCAAAAUGGUGGAAUCCGGGAACAUGGAACAACUCGCAGCCUUGGUUCUGAACGGUGAAGGUGAAAGGUUGGUUGGGCAAUCGAGUGACAACCCGGAACUUCAGUCGUUUCUUGACAACGUCCAAGUUUACAUGUCAAAAAUCAACCGGAUUCAUGUGGCCGCAAGAGAUGGUAGUUUGAGGGACCUUCAGGCGGCUUUAGAUCGUCGUAAGUUCGCAAUAGCGAAGGAUAAAGUGUCCCCAAAUGGGGCUUCGCCCCUUCAUGUCGCUGUGGUGUUUGCCAAUACGAGUAUAGUCCGGUAUUUGGCGGGGAGGUUCCCGGAAACGGCUCAAGUGAGGGAUGAUAACGCCCGGACUCCGUUGCAUUACGCUGCAGUUUUGCCCGAUAAUGGGCAUUAUUACAAUUUAUUGGUUCAUUUAGGGGCUGAUUCCCGGAGCGAGGACAAGUUUGGGCACAGUCCGGAGUAUUACCGGAGGAAUCAAGAGGAGUUCUCGCACCGGAGUCUUUUACGCGAUUUUGGGGCUGAAGAAAGCGCUUCUGAGGAAAUGUUAAGUGAUAAAGGUGUUGUGGCGUCGAAUCAAGUCGACAUGCCUUUUUUUGCCACCGAAGAAGGACGCUAUUUAGCCUCCUCCCUUGGAGACCCUUUAAUCAAAGGCUUGACUGAGGUUGCAAAUAAACGCCCUGAGGACCCAAUUGCGUAUCUUGCAACCUAUUUAUACAAUUUCGCCAAUAAUCGUCAAAACGUCCACUCCCGAGGAAAAACACAACAGGAAAAUCAACAGACUAUAACCGGCCCUCCGCAAGAAGAUAACAACAAAGCCGUUCCUGCAUCCAUCGAAAUCGUGACUGUUGACCCCGAAGAUAGCGGAAACGAAGAAGAUUCGGCUUUUAGUAGCACAAGUCGGGACGAGCAUGGGCAAAGUAUGCUUCACUUUGCCGCCGCAAGGGCCCAUGGAAGAAACGCCCUUUUCCAAUUACUCACCGAAACGGAGAUUAACGUCGCUUACAGGGACGAAUUAUACAGAACUGCCCGAGAUAUAAGCAUCCAAGCCAACAUUCCAGAAAACACAAUCGAAAUCGAUCGAUAUGUCAUGAGUAUAGCUACAAAAGGCGACACUGAUAAGUUGGUUGAGCUGCUCCUAGACGGUUAUGACCACAUAACGGACAUAGUUGACGAAAAUGGGGUCCCGAUUGUCGAAGCAGUAGCACAGCACAACCAACCAGAUGCCGUGUCCUUCCUCCAGUCAAUUCUGGCCUUCGAGGAAAAACGCGAGAGGGUCCAUCAUGCAAUCCGUUUGGGGUCGAUAAAUGACGUGACGGCGCUUCUAGCUGAUGAAAAUGAGACCGGAAGUGGCAAACUUUUGGCCAUUGGCAAGAAUAGUUAUGGGAGAUGUUCCCUUCACAUUGCUGUGCUUUGCCAACAGGAGGAAAUCGCCGAUUAUUUGGCCAACACGUUCCCUGAUACUCUCAAACUCGGCGAUAAUUUGGAGAGAACUGCGCUUCACUACGCCAUGGGUGUGGAAAAAAUGGAGACUAUAAGUCGGGUUUUGAUCAAAGCUGGGAGUAAAAGGAUCGUCAAGGAUCUCAAAGGGAGACAACCGACUUAUUAUUUUUUGAACAAGUCGGAUAUUUUGAGGUUGCAAGAAGAAGAAGAAACUUUCUAG